AAAAAAAAAAAAGAAAAUGGCUCAGGAUACUUCUUCGUCCACUGAAACCAUUGGAGCUCUUGAUGAUUAUGUUUUAUUAGGUCGUAGUGGGUUAAGAAUUUCUCCAUUAUGUCUUGGUGCUUUGGGAUUUGAUAAAGAUAGUGAUUAUGAGAAUUCGAAGAAAAUUUUCGAUCAUUAUUAUGAAAAAGGAGGAAAUUUUUUUGAUACUGCAAAUAUUUACAAUAAUGGUCAAUGUGAACGUUUCCUUGGAGGUUAUGUUGCCGAUAAAAGAUCUGAAGUCGUGAUUGCCACAAAAUAUACAUUAAAUAAAACCGAAAUGUAUGAAGGCAUGAGAUACAAUCCGAAUGCCGGAGGAAAUCAUAGAAAAAGUCUCGUGGAAAAUCUAGAUGAAAGUUUGAAACGAUUGAAUAUGGGUUAUGUUGAUAUUUUGUAUACUCAUUACCAUGAAUAUAGAACUCCAAUUGAAGAAAUGAUGAGAUCAUUGGAUGAUGUCGUUCGGAGUGGGAAAGCUUUGUAUGUUGCAGCAAGUAAUAUUCCAUCUUGGGCACUCGCUUGUAGUAAUACUAUUGCCAAUUUACGCGGAUGGAGUCCUUUCAUUGGACUUCAAACGCGUUAUAAUUUGUUGAAUCGUUGGUUGGAAUUUGAUUUACAACCCGCUUGUGCUGAACUUGGUGUUGGGAUUAUACCAUGGGGAUCCAUCGCAGAGGGGUUUCUUUCAGGAAAAUAUACGAAAGAAACACUUCCUGAUCCAAAAUCAGGAUAUCGCGGUCGAGUAAUUGCGGAUACUGCGAAAAAUGAAAAAAAUUGGGAAAUUUUAGAUGAAGUUAUUGCCAUUUCAAAGGAGAUUAAUAGAACUCCUGCUCAAGUUACUUUGAAUUGGAUUAAACAAAAACCUGGAAUUACUUCUCCUCUAAUUGGUUCUACAACUGUUGCUCAACUUGAAGAAAAUAUUAAAGCUCUUGAAUUCAAACUGACGUCUGAGCAAAUGGCAAGACUUGAUGCGGUAUCUAGACUACCUGAAAUCCCAUUUCCUCAUUCGGUUAAUAAUAGGAUUGAUAAUUUUAUUGGAAAAAAUGUUGAAAUGCCAAAAAUAUAUCAGCCUAUUAAGAAUAUAAAUAGAGAUUAUUAAUUUUUAAAAGUCAAUGUAUUUUUAUAUUUUAUAGAGAUAUACGUGUAAUUAUCGCAAAAAUAUUUUGCAAGUUUCU